AUGCAAUUCAAGCUCCUUGCUCUCGCCUUCGCCGCCAUGGCAUCGGCCAACCCUCUCGUCAAGCGCGCGGUCUGUCCAGCUGGCCAAACUCCGUCCUGCUGCCAGCUCGACGUUGACGGUGUUGUUGACACACCCUGCGAGUCGCCGGAUGGCACCCCAAAGAGCCAGGCAGGAUUUGAGCGCGCUUGCGCUGCGACCGGUACUACCGCCAUGUGCUGCACUCUUGUCGUUGAUGGCAUUGGUGUUAUCUGCAACGCUCCGUAA